UAAAUGUGUUUGAAGUUAAAAAAUUUAAAACUAAAUUCGUAUAUUUAUUAUGUUUAGAUUAUUCAAUUAACAAUGAUCGAACGAAAUGUAUUGAUAUCUAUCUAGUUAACGGUUUUUUAUUAUCAUUGAAAACUAGUAAUAUUUUGUUAUUAUUUGAUUAUUUAACUACUAUACAAAAACACCAUCUGAUAGUAGUCUAUUUUUUUAAUGUCAAGCAAACUGUCAAAUUAAAUUGACGUAUUUUUAUGUGAACAAUGUUGAAAUUAUGUUAAAACUAAUUGUAUCAUUAAUUAAAAGGCUUUCCAAACAAAAUGAAUUACGAGGAAACGAAAUCAGUGGUACAAGAGAAAUUUCUUUCAAGUGAAAGAGUAACAGCGUUUCUUUGUGAUGCGAAAGUACUCCAUCCCGAAUGGGUAAAGAAGGAUAGAUUGCUGUGCAUUGUAGAAUAUGGAGACGAGAAGGCCGUGUUUUGUUUAUUCACAUCUAGUUACCCACCUAAAUCCUUCACGGAUUUGUCUAUCGAAAUAGUGCUUCCCAUCGACAACACCUUCAAAUGUGAAAUUGAUAACAAACCAUCAGAUCCUGAAGCGGUGUUAUACCUGAAUUUGCAGUCACGUAAUAAUAAGUUUAAAUUCGAAAUUCAAAUGACACCGCGUGUGGACAACUUCGUGGAUGAUCUUUUCAGAGGUAUUGAAGCUGUAAGUAAAGUGCCAACACAGCCUGAAUUUGUCUGGCUAAAAAAGUAUCAUGGUAAAGAUGAAGAUGAUAUUAUUACUCAGUUCUCAGUUAUACCUAGAAGUGGCGUCGCUCACGCACAGAACUCUGCACCUGUGGCCAUUAGAGAGAGUCUUAUUAAACGAAAAAUGUAUGACAAGGAACUUGAAUACACUUUUACUAAGAAAUUCACUGUUUUCUGUGGUACAUGGAAUGUCAAUGAUAAAUCACCAGUUAUACCACUCGAAGGCUGGCUCAGUGUAGAUAGAGAACCACCUGAUAUAUAUGCAGUUGGUUUUCAGGAACUUGACUUGUCCAAGGAGACAUUUCUCUUUGAUCAAACAUUCAGAGAAGAUGAAUGGUACAAUGCUGUUAUAAAUUAUGUGGAUAGACGGGCAAAAUAUGUGAAGUUGGAGAAAGUAAGACUAGUUGGUAUGCUACUGAUAGUACUUAUCAAGCAGAAAUAUAUAUCUCAUGUCCGUAACGUAGUUUGUGACACAGUGGGUACAGGAAUUAUGGGGAAAAUGGGAAACAAAGGAGGGGUGUCCAUAAGAUUUGACCUUCACAAUACAUCUAUGUGUUUUGUAAAUUCACACCUGGCUGCCCAUGUAGAAGAGUAUGAGAGAAGAAAUCAGGACUUCAGAGACAUUUGCAAUAGGACAAGGUUCUUACAACCAAAUCAGCAAGCCAAAGCAAUAAAAGACCAUGACCAAAUAUAUUGGAUAGGGGAUCUGAACUACCGUAUUACAGACUUGGAUCCAAACACUGUAAAGCAACUCAUCAAAGACAACAAUUUUGAGAAAAUUUUAGAAUGGGACCAACUUAAACAACAGCAUAAAAAUAACAACGUGUUUGCUGGCUACACAGAAGGUCCCAUUACAUUUAAACCAACUUAUAAAUAUGACCCAGGCACUGACAAUUGGGAUUCAAGUGAGAAAAAUCGUGCCCCAGCUUGGUGUGAUAGAAUAUUUUGGAAAGGGGAGGCUAUUUCUCAGUUAGCAUAUAGAAGCCACCCUGCUUUGAACAUUAGUGAUCACAAGCCAGUGUCUGCUACAUUUAGCUCAUCAAUCAAAGUAAUAGAUGAGGAAAAAUAUAGAAAGGUUUAUGAAGAUGUUAUAAAACAACUUGAUAAACUUGAGAAUGAACUAAUACCACAAGUCAAAGUUGAUUUGACCGAAAUUGAUUUUGGUACAGUGAAGUACCUUGAACUGCAAGUGCGGACGAUCACAAUAAAGAAUAUUGGGAAGUUGCCCGUAGAGUUUGAAUUCAUUAAGAAAUUAGAUGAAACAAGUUUUUGUAAGGAAUGGCUUAUUGUGGAGCCUUACAAAAAAUGUAUUUGUGCUGAUGAAUCAUGUGAAAUCCAACUUAAAGUACUUAUUAAUAAGACUUCUGCUUGCAAAAUCAAUGCAGGAACAGAUAAAUUGUAUGACAUAUUAGUAUUGCAUUUAUAUGGAGGAAAGGAUAUCUUCAUAACUGUAACUGGGACAUACCAAAGGAGUUGUUUUGGAUGUUCAAUAGAGGUUCUAGUGAACCUCAACAAGCCUAUAAAAGAUGUACCUGUUGGAAAACUAAUCGAAUUAGAAAAUAAGAGGGACCAGUGUGUGUCAAAUCAGUCCACAUACUCUAUACCCAAGGAGAUUUGGUUCCUGGUUGACCAUAUAUAUUUACAUGGGCUCAAGGAGCCAAACUUAUUUGAACAACCUGGACUGCAUUCUGAAGUUUUACAGAUUAGGGACUGGCUAGACUCUGGCUCUGUGGAUCCAAUCCCAGGCAGUAUUCAUUCAGUCGCUGAAGCUCUCUUACUGUUAUUAGAAAGCACCGCAGACCCAAUUAUACCAUACAAUCUUCAGUCCAUAUGUUUAAAAGCAUCUGCAAAUUAUUUACAAUGCAAACAAAUUGUGAUGGAAUUACCGGAAUUUAGGAAAAAUGUAUUUUUAUACUUGUGUGAAUUUUUGCAAGAAGCGUUGCAACAUAGCGCUGAAAAUGGAUUGGAUGCCAAGACGUUGUCCACACUUUUCGGUGAAAUUUUCCUUAGAGAUAAUCCAAAUCAAAUCCAAGAGCCCCAAUCUCGAAUCAACAAGCAGGUGAUAGACAAGAAAAAAGCCCAGUUUGUACAUCACUUUUUAGUUAAUGAUCACAGUGACUUAAUUUUUACUAGAUAAUCUAUUUCUUCUAAUUAAUUAGCUAAUUUAAUAGCUAAGCUAAUAUUUUAAUUUAUUAAUCCAAAUACUCAAUACUUUUCCAUUAGUAUUAAAAUUAUGUUUUAUUUAUUUUUAAUGCCAUGAUCACAAGAGUGUUAUAACAAUGAGGAUCAGUCACAUAAGAUUUUUUUUUAAGAUAGAUUUACAGUUUUGUAUGUUUCCUUUUAGCUCAUAUUUAAAUUACUUUUACAUUGAUGAAUAUUUUUCUCGACAAUUUUAUAUAUUUCAAUUCAUAUCUUGAUAUAAUCUUUGUUUUUUAUAGUGACACAGUGCAUGUACUAUAAAUUACUGAGUACUACUGUAAAUCUUUUGGAGGGAAUGUUAAAGAAUAUCUGGGUAUAUCUAUCUGUUUUGUUAUAUUGAAAUCCAUCAAGACAUGUCAAACUUAUUAAAGUUUAAUAUUAAAUUUUUAAUGGCUACUUCUAAAUGCGUGUUCACACUUAAUUCUCUAUAUUGACGUUAGAGAUAGGACUUGUGUGUUCUCAUUUACCCAUUUCCAAGGUCGUCGUUAACUCAAUUAAGUGUAAUCAAUCUGGAAAUAUUGAUAAAUACCUAAUUAUUUUCUGAAAAUGGACCAUUAUAAUUCUGACAUCGCCACACUUCUAGUGUGAACACAAAAUAAAACUUGACUGAUCCUUAAUUGUCUAAUUUGUACAUACUAUAUUAAAUAUUGUAUGAUUUUUUAGUUAAUGUUAUUUCCUAAGGUUAUUUCUCCAUUAGUAACAACAUAAAAAAACAUAAUUCUAAUGAAUAUAACCCCAAUAUAAAACCUAGUUGAAUAGAUAAUUGGGGGUUUUAGUACCUAAUAUAAAAUAUAUAUAUUUUUUUUAUAUUAACUGUAGCUUUAAUAAUAUAAAUAUUUUUAGCCCCUACCUGUCUGUGUAUGUAAAUUUUAGAUGUGAUUUAAUAAUCAUAUAGAAAUUUUAUGAUGUUUUGUAUUAUAUAUUGCGUGCGGAAACCAAUGUUUUUGCUAAAGCAUGCCAAAUCUGGUUUGCCAUAAAACAAUCACACUAUUACAAUAAUAGAACAUACAUUUAUAAUAUUCAUAUGUAUAGUCUAAUUCAAUAGAAUGUAAUAAACAGUGAAUUUUCACAGUUAUUAAUAUUGUCUAACUGAUUUCAGUUAAUUUUUAGUCAUUCUCUUUGUAUAUUUUGCAAUUUAUAAGAAAUAGGAAUUAUCAUGAAGUAAAUUAGUCUACACGUGACCAUGGCUGGUGUAACCUGGUCGAAAUGUCGAGAUAUUAAAAAAAAUAGGCAAACUAUGAGAAUUUAAAAAUAAAUUCUCAUAGUUUACCUAAAUGAUCGUAUUAAUUCCCAUUUUUUAUAACCACAGACAAUUUUAAAUGUCACAGAUACACUCUCAAAGUGAAAUCGGUAACAAAUCUAUACAUUCAAUCAAUCAAUGUUGUGGGACAUCAUGGGCGGUAGUAGUCACGUAACAUCAGGAGAGCUACUUAGUCGUUUACCCCCUGUAUUAUUAAAAAAAAAAAGUAAUAUUUUUUUUAUAUUAUUAAUGGCCACUUAUGGUAGAAUCAAAAAUUUGAUUUUUUAAUUUUUUAUUAAGUUCUAUUGAAAUUGUCCAUAGAUAAUUGUCUACAUAUGUCUAAGGUAAUAAAAUCAUAGACUUUGUAAUUUUUUUAUUGAAAUUGGAAUUUCUAAUUGUACUGCCAUGACUUUGUCUUCUAAUUAUAUUAGUUUUCUAUACUUGGCAUAAAUUAUAGACAAUUGAAUAUAUUUUUAUUGAAAUAACAGUAUAUAAAAUAAUUAGUUGGUUAAAAAAGUUCUUAUAUUAAUUAGUACUUUUCUAAUUUAUUUUUAUAUGACAAAAUUCGAUAAAAAGACAUACUAAGAUUGAUUCCUAUGUUAAGUAUAGAAAAACGAUCAGGGUCCCAUCCAUGGUGUAGUGGGGGUUUCCGUAUUCCAUAGUCUGAUUCAGUAAAAUUUUAUGAAAUUUUUAUAUACAAGUUUGAUUGCAAUUAUCACAAAAACACUAAAUUAAAUAAAUAACAAAUCAAAACAUAAAAUUAGUUUUGUUUAUUUAUUAUACAUAUUCUUGCACAUUAUAUCUCAUUAUUAUUAUCUGUGUAUUAUAACACUAAUUAGUUGCCUUGUGUUUGUGUAGUCCAUGGAGAUGGGGCACAGGUGACUUGUAACACAGGUUCUUCAAAACCUACCGCAAGCACCAGUCUCUCACAAAAUUGGUCUUCAUAUUAAAUUGUACCUCAAGUUGUCACUUUAUACUACCUUUUGUGAAGAGAAAAUAAACCAUUCAUUCAUUUACAAAUAGAAUCUUAUAAAACAAUGUUCUUGGAAUAUAACAUAAACUAAAUCUACAACUUCUGUACAUUGCGUAUUCGCCGAUAGGUACUAAUACCUUAUACAAUAAUAUCAAUUGAGGGUUUUUUUUUUUGAUGAGUGAAAAUGGUAUGGUAACCCCGCCUGCGCGAACGGGAUAAGCUGGCGGAGCACCAGUGAAGGGUGAUAGAUGAGAAUGAAAACAGGCCAGUUAGCCCAUCAUGAUGAAUUCAUCAGGAAUUAACCAUGAUAGUUUCCAGGGGGAACCGCGUGGAGGUCGACCUGGUUAGGUAUAUUGUUAGCAAUGGAAUUCUCAGUCUCCAUUACUAACAAUCCCUUUCCCCCCAAUUGAGGGUAUUUCUGGAUAAUUAUAUUGAAUGUUCAUCGUGUAAAAUUAAUAUUACUUACCGCCAUGUAAAUAUUUUUUAAAUAAACUAUUAAACAAUUAUUGAUUUGUACUACCAUUGAACAAUAGCAGUCUUCUAGUCGGAUGGAUUAUUCGUUUGUGUACAUCUUGUAUUAACUUCUAUUGAAACGCACUAUAUUGUACUUAAAUCUCAGUACAUACUUUCUUGUCGUUGAUACGACGUACGAAGGAGUACCUAUCUGUGGCAUGUUACAUUGUACGUAUUCACUAAUGUACUCAUAACUAAAAUAAUCGUGAUCGUAACGAAAAUGGUAUUAAAAUAAAAAAAAAAUGGUUAGUGGUGAAUAUAUAAUAAUUUAAAACGGAGUUAAAAUAUAACAUUGUGCGUGUGUAUGUGCCCUUGGCCCGGCGUGCCAGUUAUUUAUACCUGCAUAUAGGCAAACACACUUGAAGGACUUUACAAUGAUAAUAUAAUUAAUCUCAUCUUAAUUUCAUAUUAAUCUUCAACACAUGUACCUAUCUACGUCAGUAAAUAUUUUGUGACUUACGUUAUAAUAUAUUUGUGUAGUAUAAUAUAAUAUGAUUUGUGUAAGUUAGGUACCUAUUUACUAUUCUUAAGACGAGCAUAACAUGUUUAAAAAAAUUGGCAAUACAUAUGUAUAUAAGCAUAUUUGAGAGGAGACCAGCCAGAAUGAGGAAUUAAGCAUUUAGCUAUUAGAAAAGAUAACUCGAGAGUGCAUAUGCCUAUUUUUAAAGGGACAAGCCGCCCUGGAAAAUAAUCUUAAAUAUGUCAAUACAACUGCAUAAUAAAUAUAUUAAUAAUUGGAUUGGACUUUCCUGAUUUAACCGUAACUAAAACAAGAUUUUGUUUAUCAUUGCUUAAUAUAUAAACAAUUUAAAAGCUGCUGAAAAAAAUAUCUCGCUAUUCAAUUAUUUCAUUAGACACUUAAAUGAAUUAUUAUUCUGUGUAAAUCUGAAUAAAUUUUCCUCUUUUAUUUAUAUGUAUAUACCAUUAUUUAUAUUAGUAGAUAGGUAUCUAAACCGAUACAUUAAAUUAAUUAAUUUUAGCAGAAUUAUUUAUAUACUCUAGCAUUAUUAUUCAUUGAUUAUAUUAUGUCAUCACAAUUAAUGUAAUAAAUAAUUAUAUGUAUACACACAAUUUAAUUGGAGCCGGUUUUAAGGUACCAUUCCGUAAAAUUAAUAUUUUAAUUUGAUAUUUAACCGAAACUUGUUACAGGCCAUGAAGAAGUAUUUGCGACUUUAUUGUAACGUAUAAAAAUGUAAAAAAAAAAGUUUUUUUUAAUGGCACGUAUUCUAAUUUCCAUAUUCGAACUGUUGUCAGAACUGAUCGAUGCGGGAUAGUAAAUUCCGAAGAUAAAUUCUAUAGCCUCGAUGUUCUCGUAUAUUUAAUUGUAGGUAUACUACUUAAAGUAGUAUAACUAUGAAUUAGUACUAAUUUUAAAAAUUGAACAUAAAACAUUGGCGUGUUCAACCCGAAACGCCAAGACCUGUGCCCGUUUUAUUCUUAAUUUGGCCAAAUCAAAAUCAAAUCCGAGACCUCAGUUACGCGAUGUGCCAGUACUCUGCCACCGUUUUAAAAUAACUUAUUUAAAAAUAAAAAAUGUUCUUUCCUUUUUUAUUUAAUGUUUGUAUUAUUAGCAAGUCGGAAGCUAAAUUCAUAAUGGUAUAUAUAUCUAUCUAUGGUAGUCAUAACUUUUAGGAAAGUAAUAAAGCCUAUUAAGGCCGUCCGAUUUAUAUGUAUUUACGAUUAUUAUUGCUUUCCCCCUUGACCGAAUUGAUCUGAUAUAAUAGUUUUUUCCUGCCAGUAGAUACCAUAGAUAAAAUUAUACUUUUUCUAUAUUACAGUGAUGAUACCUAAGGAAAAAGGAAAAGUUCUAUACGAAAUAUGUAUUUAUUUUUUAUGUGACUAAUAAUAAUAAUAUGUGAUGUUGUCUUAUAGACAAUUUGUUAUUAAUUUAUUAAAUUAUUAAAUAUAUCUAUAGAUGUGACUUGUAAUAAUCACCAUGACAACUAUCACCCUCACCAUAAAACAAUAGCAAUAAAUGUAAUGUACAA